UCUUGAAGGGAGUCCCGAUAGAGGCGAUAGACAGAGGCAUAAGAAGCUUUGUUUGGUUAUCUCCGCGGAUUAGCUACUAUCACGAGAUCUCACAGUUGCAUUGAACAACGUAGAAAUAAAUCGCACGAAUUUUACAAAUUAUCAAAUCUACAAAAACUGCAUCUGCUUUUGUCUAGCUUACUGUGGUGACCCAAAGCCGUCGCUAUGCUACGACACAUUUUGAGAGAUUGUUAUCUACUGCAGAAACAUUCACUAACUCGAAUGUCUACCGCACCCGCCACGAAACCGAUAGUGCCCUCGCAGCACAACCUGGUUUGGAUUGACCUGGAAAUGACCGGUUUGGAGGUGGAGAAGGACCGCAUCCUCGAGAUAGCCUGCGUAGUGACGAAUAAGAACCUGGACAUUCUGGAGCGCGGUCCGGACAUUGUUAUCCACGAACCGGAAGAGGUGCUGACCGCCAUGAAUGAAUGGUGUCAGGUGAACCACGCUAAAACAGGCCUGACCCAGGCGGUACGAGAUUCGAAGACUAACCUGCAGCAAGCCGAACAGAUGGUGCUGGACUUUGUGAAAAAAUAUUGCCCGGAGAAGGCCUGCCCUUUGGCGGGGAAUUCAGUUUAUAUGGAUCGUAUGUUUCUGUAUAGGUAUAUGCCGCGGCUGAACGAAUACCUGCACUACCGGAUAGUCGAUGUGAGUACGGUGAAAGAGGUGUGUAAGCGCUGGAAUGGAGCGGUCUUCAGCCAUUGUCCACCGAAGAAGCUGGUGCACCGGGCGUUAGAUGACAUUGAGGAAAGCAUACGGGAGUUACAAUAUUACAAGGACUAUAUGUUCCAAAAGUAGAUGAUGAGUUCUAGAUCGUUAGCCAAUUAUGUAUAAAAAUGUUCUUUAAAGUUUU